AUGCGUCGGACCCAGAGGCACAGCUGCCGGUGCUUCGUAGCCCGCGAACCCGUCUCAUCACACCACGAGCCUCCAUCUCAAGCAGCUCAUCAACCGCAGCCUUCUUCAGCCAUCUCCCCUUUGACAUUCGCCGCGAGAUACUCGUGCACGCAUUUUGGCGCCCAGACCAUUCACAUAGAUCUUGUAUACGACCGCCCGCGCAUCCAAGGGAAGGCUCCCUCCACCCACGCUCACCGUCAUCGCCGCGCGCCACGGCCAACGCUGGCACAGCGCAAGGCUGCGCCUGCGAUGCACGCGCUGAGGUCCAAACGGUGGCGGUGGUACAGUUGUGUCUGCCACUCCGAUCUGCCGUGCGGAACACAGUCCUGGUCACGUUUUGCCGAGCCGUGUGACGAUGCUUGUUCCGACUUCGGUUCCUGCUGCAGCGAGUGGCCUGGCGAGGCGCCGUCCAAGUGUUCCAUCGGCAUCAUGGGCUGGCUGUUGACCUGCCGUCAAGCCUACACAGAGGGUCUGGAUGUCCUGUGGGGCACAAACACACUCCGCGUCGAAGACAUGGUCAUCCUCCGGCACGCGCAGGACCUCUUUCUCGCCCACCGGUGGGCGAAGCUCCCACACCUCGAGCUGCGGUGGGCCUUUUCCGUAUUCUGGGUAUGGCCGGCGUCGUUCCAGACAGACCCUUUGCAGCUCUAUGCAGACCACGCAGGCUUCCACUCUCUGCUGGACCACCUGCCGCUUGUUCUCGGCAGCUUGCAGACGCUCUACAUCUCAUUCGAGGGCACCGGCAAGUGGCAUCCCGGACGACCACCGGAGACCGUGCUCGAGAAGGUCCUCGCGCCCGUCGAGGCCAUGCUGCGCCAGCUGCCCGCGACCACCUUGCGUGAAUGCACCGUUGCCCUGCCGAGCUCCGCAUACCAGGUGGCACGGAACGAAGCCGUCCUGGCCGGGUGCACCGUCGGGUACUAUUGCAGACGGCAGAAGGAGCGGUACUGGCGCGCGCUUCCCGAGCCGACGGCGGGGUUGAAGUUGAAGGGGUACUGGGUCCAGCUAGGCAAGAUUGACAUGCACCUCCCCAUAGCCUGGCCUUGUUUCGGUACUGGUGCCGGCUGGUCGUGGAGAGAUGACUUUGACAUCCCAGACGAGGAUUGUAUCCUCUACGGGAUGAAGUCCUGGUGA